AUGGCGGCCAUUUUUGUCCUCAGCAUGGCGCCGAUCUGGAACAAGAACCUUUUUUUCGGGCGGGGGCUGAGGUGGAGGUUGUUCUGGAUGCCGUCACAGCCUCCCCACCGCCGAGUGACUUUCUCCACGGCCAAUCAGGCGCAGGAUCUGCAGGACCCGUCCCAGCACAGCUACUAUGACAGCGGCCUCGAGGAGUCGGAGACCCCCAGCUCCAAGUCCUCCUCGGGGCCCCGGAUUGGGCCCCUGGCGCUGCCCGAGGAUCACUACGAGCGAACCACGCCUGACGGCAGCAUCGGCGAGAUGGAGCACCCGGAGAACGACCUCAGGCCUCUUCCCGAUGUGGCGAUGACUGGUAACUGCACCCACGAGUGCACCGAGUUCGGCCACUCCGACUCCUGCUGGAUGCCCGGCGGCGAGCCUUCCCCCACUCGCAAGGUAUCCAACAACGUCCCCAAGCUUUCCACCUUCGUGCCUUACCAGGAAAUGGACGGGCAGGAGCAGCUGAUGGCCAACGGCAGCCCCAAGCCCCUGACGGAGGAGCGUGGGACGGGUACUGGCGGCGGCGGCGGCAGUGGUUCCAAAGUGGCUAACAUGCGGUUCAUGACGCCCUACAGCAGUGCCUACCCCGGAGACCCGUCCGGUAAAGACUGUGGGCGUGAGGAGAUCCCGCUGAGCCAGGCGGUAGAGUAUCACUCAGCCACCACUCCGACCGGCCAGACCUCCAAGAGGGAGAUCUACCUGUGAGGGCGAAGCCUUCCACAUUAAAUCCCCCUGGGAACCACCUCUCCUACGCACCUGAUCAUCCCCCGUCGCUGCUCGCCACCACCUGUCCCGCCCCCUCACUGCCGCCCCCUGUGCCUACUACUACCAACGCCCCUUCUUCCUUUUUAUAACUGCAUCCACCGUACAAGGCUUUAGACCCUCGCCCACCUCGACCCACUGCCUCCACCCUCCUCUAAAAACCAAUCAAAUGUAAAAUAGAAUGAAAUCAAUUGAAGAAAACACGCGGCGACUGCUGCUGCGGAAGGAAUGUAAACUACACCACAUCGUUGUGAUAAUUUAAUGGGAAACUAUUUAGCUACUCACGUAUUUGAGUUGGAUUUUUGUGCGUUGCUUUAGGCUUUGUUGCUGUGUUGGAACAGAAAAAGAAAAAACACCUUCGGGGAGGAGAAGGAAAGAACUAUUUGUAAAUCCUACUUAAGUAUACUGUGCAAUGCUAUCUAUCCUGAAUAUCUUUUGGAUUUGUUUGAUUUGUUUUUUUAAUUUUUCUCUGUCGACUCCGGAGCCUUCGGGAAAUACAUUUCCGAGCCGUGUUGCAUCAAAUCAACUGGGCUUGUUUUUAUCAGGAACAGCUUGUCAUCAACAUAAGACGUUUGUAGAAACGCAGCUGUUUUCCAACCUCCGGAGUUGCAGUUUUUUCAGGUCAGUUAAUUUUUUUUGUUGCUGUGAAGAGGUCUUUUUUCAGUGUACAGAGCUGUAAAUACUACAAACAGUGACAGAGGAAACUGCUGUGGCUGUAAGUGUGGAUCCGUGGCUGUCGUGCUGUCUGCAGAGCUUCGUGUAACGUCUGAUUGAUGGACUGAAAACUUCGGCAUGCACAGAGGAACGAUGCCACGGCGUUCGCCUCCCACUGCAGGAACCUCAACUCUUGAGCAUCACCGACGGUGCCGAGUUAUAAACACAAGACUUUUUAUUUUAACUCUCUACGACUUUACUACUCGGAUCAACUAGGGUUUAAGAAGGGUCAAAAUCAUGUCAAUUUACUCAUAACCAAGCCAGUGGGUCGGUCAAAGCUGGGUAUCCAAGUACAUAUUGUAUUCUUAAUGCUCUUGUCAGUAGUAUACCAUGAAAGCGAAACCAAACGUGCGAUGGUUAUUGUCACAGGAAGCUAUCAAAAGAAGAAGUCCCAUCGAAACAUACACUUUGUUUUUUCUCUGUAAAAAAAUAUCCUUCAUUUUAGAAUAUUUCAACUUUUCCACCAACAGCAUAAGAACCGUGUAAACAUAUGAUUCCAUGUCAAACAAACAUUCACAUGUGGGAUGUUUAGGGGUUUUUAUAUAGCUUUGUCUUUAGGCUGAUCGUUGUGGAGAUGAAAUUAAAAAUAGUAUAUCAAGAACAAACCUGAAUUGGCCACAUUUCUUUAAAACUCAUUAUUGUUUUUGAAGUCAAGAUAAAAUGUCAAACAGUAAUUGGCUCUUUCUUCACUAAUGUGAAAAUGUGUUGUCUGUUUAUGUUUGAAAUCGACCUAAACUUCAGAAAAACAUCCAGAAAAAGUCCCUGAAAUGGUGAUUAAAAGAGUACCAACUCAAAAGGGUUUAUCCUCUGAGGAGCAAGAAUUAUCCCGGCAGGCUGAUGAUUUCCUUUUGGAUAUUUAAGUGAAAGGAAAUUUGUCAAAAUGAAGAAAGAUCAGGGAGUUUUAAUCCUCUUGGGAACAUGAAUAUUCAAAAUGCAUUCAACCCAUUUGUUUUGGAGAUUCAGAACCUGGUCGAGGAUCAAAUCAUAAGCAUCGAAAUUAUGAGGAAGAAGAAAAAGAUGUUGUGUUUUCAUCCUCUGAGAAAAGUGAAUAUUUAUUCAUUUGGAAAUGUGUUGUCCUGACGUAAAGAAAUCAGUCCUUAGAUUCAUCCUCUCCAUCUCCCCAUUAGUCUGGGAGAUACUGAACCUGGUUGGGGGACAAAUCUUGGGUCAGGUUUGGAAAGGUGCUGCUAUAACGAAAGGUUGGAGGUCAUCAGAGUCACUGGGGUUUCAUCCUCUGGGGAUCAUGAAUAUUCAGAGUUAAUUGGACUACAAUCUGCCUGUUGGUUUUGGAGAUAUUGAACCUGGUUAAGGACCAAAUCAUGUGUCAGAAAGCUGCUGAUUUAGGUUUUGAAGAACAUUGAGAUGAAGCUGCAUCAAAAUCUGCUUGGAGAAAGAUUUGGUAUUGUAAUCCUCUGAGGAACAUGAAUAUUCAGAGUUAAUUUGACUAUAAUCUGCUCUUUGGAGAUACUGAACCUGGGUAGACAAUUAAACCAGGGUCAAGUUUGGAAACGUUUUUCUGGUGGUGAUGCUGAAAGCAAGGUCAGGUUUCGUCCUCUUGGGAACAUGACAUCCACAGCCAGUCGUUGAUAUAUCUCACUUAAGUUCCUGCAAGAAAGCAUAACAUCCCUAUCGUUGAAACAAUCCUAACCCAUAAUCAAUUAAUCACAUGACGAUCGCUAGACUCCUAACACAAAGCCUUUAAAGACCCAAAAGAGGUGAUAAACGGUCUGUUGUGGUCCCAGCUGUGAGUAUCCGUCCACCUCGGCACAGCUGUGGGGUGUGUGUGUUGUGUUUGUGGAAACUGGAGAACGUUUCCCCGCUGUGUUUUGGAGCCUGAAGGAAUAGCUCUCUGGUCAGUGUCGCCUCUUGUUAGUUCCCACCUCUUUACCUCCUCAGUGUGAGGCCAAGCAAUUUGGCAUUUAGCAGAAGUAUUUAUUAAACCUGUUAGCUCUGUGCAGCAGGGGAGGUGGUGGGCUCCACUUCCUGCGGUGCUGCAGGAUUAAUAACACCUGUACAUGCUUCAGUCCACUAACACCCCGCCACAGCGCGCCACAGAAACCAUGAUUACAGCCCGAGGCUCUGCACAUUACCAGCGAUCAUUUGCGCCAGUAAAAGCGUGAGGAAGUUCAUUCAUUCUGAGGCCUGUGUUAAUGGGUAAUGGGAGAUUUUCACCUGUAGUGAUGCACACAAGCUGAGAGUGGAUGGAUGGAAGGGAAGGCACAGUGAGAGACGGCGCUGCACACGCUCUCUCUAACAAGUCUUACAGUCUCACACUGAGUCCUGAAGACUUGAAACAAAGUGAGGAAUCAGCCGGAUAACUUCCCCGGCUUCCAAGUCAGUGUGUAAAGUGUAGGAAUGCAUUUAUAUUUUGCACAAAUAUCAGCAUAUUUCCUAACCUUUAGGGACUGGACUAGAAGCUCACACAAAACUAGAGAUUUAUUGAUCUUAAAAUAACUACUGACCAUCUUCAAAAUGUUGAAGUUCGACUUUAUGCAGACGACCUCUUGGUGUCCAUUGUGUGCUGCACCUAAACCAAACAUUGGACCUUAAAUUCUCUGAAUACAACUCAAUUAUUGGAGAUAGGAUGGUGUUCUGUCCACUGCCACACCUUGUCUGAUCCAGAGUUUAUACUAUGGAGUUUGUUUAAGGAACAAAAUGAAACUAGAAGUCUAGCGUUCCUCUCCUGCUUCAGCUCCCACUAAUUUAUUCAUUUCUCGAAACGUCCUGAAACAAAGAAAGCUGCCGUGGGAAAAGUGGGAUUAUCUCUCGACGGCUGAAUAUGAGACUAAAUGACUUUGUUUUCCGCUGCGUUGUGUGAUGUGAACAUCCACCUCCAGUAUCACAGAGGGAACUUCAAAGCGGCGCCGGCAGGCAGCAACGCCUUCAAAGUUUAAACACGCUGCUAAACACGGGUCGCUGCGUCUCUUCUAUUAGGCAAACAAUCACCUUAACUGAGAAAACAGAACCCCUGCUUCCUUGUUUUCUGCUUAAUUGGCUCUAAUUUUAGACCCUGCAUACAUUUGUUUGAGGCUCGAGGUAGGGGGGAGGGUAUCUCGAUUCAAACCCCGAUUUGUCCAGGCUGCGGAAGGUGGUUUGAUUCAUGGGCGUCGUAUCUGCCUGUUCAGAAAGCACGCUGUCACAGUGGUCCCCAGCACAUAAAUCUCCCAUCAUUCAACCCUCCCUGUGACAGAGAUUUAGAGUUCACCGUCACCGCUCCCCGUCUCCCCUCCUGUGAUUUAACGCCGGCGCUCAGAGGUCUUGAUUGAUUAUUUACACGCCCAACUCGGAGGUCCACAUCGACUCUCCUCCUUCCUCUUUUUCCCAUUGCCACGCUUCACCGUUUCCCCCGUAAACAAGUCAUUUUUUUUCCUCUCCGUAAUGCUCCCAGGCGGACGCUGUGUUGUGCUGCAUGGGCUAAAGAUAAAGGAGAGAGGCCGGAGUCCUGAAGCGCCGGGUUACCCUCAACGCUUUGGCUUCAAUUAACCCCAGGAGAAGGAAAGCAACCUCUGGUGACCUCUGGUGACCUUCAGUGUUUCUGUUGACAGACUCAAGACUUAGGGUGUGUGUGUGUGUGUGUGUGUGUGUGUGUGCGUGUGUGCAGUUAUUUUUGAUAAAACAGGUAUGCAAGGGUUUUAAACGUUUUCUAUUUUCCAGUUUCCCAGCCAAUAAAAAUAAGGAAAUUAGAGUGGAUCACAUGGCCAAAAGUAUAUGGACAGUCAUCCAUUUCAACCGUAGGAUGUAUUUGAAUAUGGGAAAGUUGUAUUAAUAAAUCCAAUAAAACCAAAUAGAAUAGGGGGGAAUACAAAAAUGUAGCUAAGAAUGAAUAUAAAAAUAAAAUUAGAGAUUCAAAUCUGGGAAAUUUAGACAAAUUCCAUAUUUUUCAGUGAAAGUUUGACUUCAAAACAUUUAUAUUUACAGUAUUUCAUUUGUCUCAUUGCAUACUGUAUGUAGUAUAUAUGUAUUCCUUUCACAUCAACAUUUCCUACUUACAAAAUUCAGUAUGCAUGCAUUUCUGAAAUCAGAUAAAUAUUCUGGAGAGGAAUCAGUCGACAAAGAUAGAAAGAUAGAGGAGAUCAAUCUCAGCAGCUGCUCCUCCUCUCAAUUAGUCGUCUGUAGAUUUCUAAAGCCCCCUGAAGCUCUUCAUACUUCUAAAUCUCUCAAAUAUAUUAAAGGGGAAUUUUACUAAUCAGAUAUCAGAGAGUAUUUGACAGGAUUGAGAGGAAGGUCUUGAGCCUUUUACUUUAAUAUCUCUGCUGAUGUGCAUUAUUCACCUCCACAGGCAGCCUGAAAGUCAUGUUGUAUUUCUAAAUACACAAUCAACAUCUAAAAUGAUCCAUGUAUAAGGUACUGUUUCAGCGCUUACUAAAUUAAAGUUCACUUCUAAAAACACUUUAAAGACUCACUGAUUUAUAAUUAAAUGCAUAACUUCUGAAAUGCUUUGGUUUGUUUGAAAUCAAUGAAUGGUUUACUACUGACAGGCAUUAUUUGUGAAUGAAAUCCACUGCUGUGCUUUGACCAAAAUGUUUGGUCUCCUGAAACACAGACUGCGUCUCAAAUAUAUGCUUUAUUGUUUCUGUAGUGAUCUCUUGUACUUGAUGCAUUCAUCUAUAUCUUUCAGCCAACACAUGUUUGCAAUGAGGAAGAAACAGCUAAUAAUCUCCACCUCGGAAAAAUGUUGGUGGUGGAGACCAAAAACGGAGCCAAAAUUGAGGGAUAAUUGGACUUGCUUUUACCCGGUAAAACAUCCAAUGGGACAAUCACGUUAUUGUGUUAGCUCUGUUGCUAAUAUAGGUCAGUUUGUGUGAUGAUAGCUUGUUAUACAGGCCAAAAGUUGGCCAAAAAUACAAAUUCAGCUUUAACAUUAUGAUCAACAACCCAAUUUUUUUUCUGAUUUUAGAUUUUCCACGAUAACCAAAAGUUUCCUAAUAAAUCCGAAUGUUAUUAUAUUUAUUUCUCACACUGAUUUUGAAUCGUACCAUUGUGAGAAAACUUCACACUCUCUUCCCAAAAGUCACAAAACUUCUGUUCAAAUCAAACAGAUUGCAGUGACAUCAGGUUUAUUUGACUCAAUGUAAUUUUAGAAAAUAGGUUCGAUUUCCAGAAGGUAAUUUGAGACGCAGUCUGUAUUUCUGACGCAGUUUUCCUCUCUUUAUGAAUCAUGUUGUUGCACCGGGAUGUGUUCCUAAAGGACCGUGAAACAUGAAUGUUUUUUUGGUUUCUAAAUCUGUGCAGUUUAAUGAGACCUUCACUUUGAUCAAACACACAAAAUGAAGUAUUAUUGUAUUCAAUGUUUCUCCUCAGUCGGACUCAGUCAGUGACAUUAUGACUCAGUGAAUUCAUCCUCGUUCCUCUGUCCAUUUAUAUUUAGUCCGGAACAAGUGUCACUCUCAUGAUGUCCUUCUUUUUAUGCCAUUGAUGGUUUUAUUGAAGUCGCAGAAUUAGGAAACAGCGGAGGCUUUAUUCAGAGAUCUUCCUCCAUCUAGAGGCAACUCAGAAGCCCAUUUCCAAACCUUUAAACAUGUCUAAGUGCUUCAGUCAUUCAGGUUUCUUCCUCAGAAUGCAGAAUGCUGGAUGAACAACAUUUCAUUUGGUAUAUUAGAAAGGAACAUGUCGUGAUUCCUACAUAAAUGUACUUUAAUUAGCGUUGGCUUACCUUAAUGUUCUUUAAUUAAAUAUAUAUUAUUUAUACAGAACAUUAUCACAUUUGUCUCAGGGGGCUUUAUGAUGUCUGAAAACACCCAAAGAAACCCCAAAAUUAAAACAGCUGCUGUCUAACUAACAGCUUAAACUUCGUAUUUACAGUUUAUUUAAAACCUUGUAUCUUCAAUUUGUUGGGGGAGAUAAAAUGCAGAAUUGUUACAAAAACUUCCCUUUUUUUUAUAACGUAAGAAAACAGUACUUUAGUUUUUUUUAAGGAAGUAACCCUUUAAUAUCGCACCUGUUCUGCUACAUCUGAAAUGAUUUGGAAGGCCAUAACCUUUUAAAGAGGCUUGCCACCAAAUUAAAUUUACAUUAAAUUGGGGUAAUUACCGGAGACAGAAAUAUUGAGACUUAAAGUAAUAAGUUUGGCUCCGCUGAGAAAACCAGCUGGCCGUUUUUUUUUUCUUCUCAACCAUGAGAGCAAUUUAACCAAUUAUACAUAUCCAAACUGUUUUGACAGGCUCUGUAAUAUCUCCUUAAUUGACUUUGACAAGUAAAAUGGGUAGUGUCCCUUUAAUAAAACACAAGGCACGACAGCUUUGACUGAUUAAUAUUCUUUUAGCGUGAGUUUCUCUCUCAUUAGUGUCAUUUUUAGGAUCAAAUGUCUGCUUUGCAUCCCAGUGGUUUAACAAUAAUUGAAACUGCAACUCAAAACCCACACUGAAAAUCUUUCUGCAUUUGAUUUUCAUCAGUUCUGUGAAGUUUAUCAGUAAAAAGUCAACAGUGCGAGAGCGAGAGACAACAUGAGAGCUGCAGACUUGUUCCACAUGAAACCAUGUGAUAACGUUUGGAGUGGUUUGCUGUUUUUUGGUUGUGUAUUAUACUGAGGCUGGAGUCUCUGAGGAACGAGGCUUCAGCUGAGCAUGAGACAAACCAACUUUAUAAAUAUUAUACAUUUUCGUUGUUGUCGCGGUUGCUUUUAUCAAUGUUAUGGAACCAACACUGCUAUAGUCAUAUUGUAUGAAUAUAAAUGGUCGUUGCUGUUUUGUACCGGACGCAGCGGUGUAAAGGAUGUUUUCUGAGCGGGCGGACGGGACUCUGUGUUUCUUUACUAAACCCCAAACAGGAAGUCAGGCUCCUCUGAUGGAGAGUGGCAGUGACCUUGUGAUCAUGCCUUAUCUCAACCACAAGAUCAUGCUUUGAUUCCUCAGGAUGCGAGACAAUUAGCCUUAAGAAACAACAUGAGCAGCACAUGAACAUAAUUACUGAACAUCACGAAAAGAACAUUAACCCCAACAAAGAACGAGCCAACUAUUUUUACAGGCGGUGAUUUUUCAGUGGAGAAAAAACAUGAAUAUAAUGAAAGUGAUGUAAUUAACUCAAAAUAACAAUCGACAAAUCAUAAUUCAUGAGCUGUACAAUUUGUUAUCUCGACUGAGUAUGUCAAUUAUUACCAAGCUGAUUAGAAAAGUUUUGAAAUAUGAAAAAAUAUCAGCUGAGCGGAUUUUAUGUAGAACCAAAAGUUCUACUUGGAAAUGUGUUAUUUAUGGGAGAGGAUUAGAGCCACGUGAACAUUUGAGGUCUGACCAAAAGGGAUUUUUCUUUUAAGUUCUGAAAUUAAAGUCAAAGUAAGAAUGAGAAUAGACUCCCACUUUUUUCUCAAAAUUCUUAAUAUUUUUUCAAAAUUCAGAUUUUUUUGGGGGUAUUCCGAGUUUUCUCCAAAUUCCGACUUUUUCUCCAAAUUCCGACUUUUUCCUCAAAACUUCGACUUUUUCCUCAAAACUUCGACUUUUUCCUCAGAAUUCCGACUUUUUCUCCAAAUUCCGACUUUUUCCUCAAAACUCCGACUUUUUCCUCAGAAUUCCGACUUUUUCUCCAAAUUCCGACUUUUUCCUCAAAACUCAGACUUUUUCCUCAGAAUUCAUGGACGAAAACUAAAGCAUAUUUUGUUCACAAAUUCAGACCUUUUCUCAAAAUCCUGAGAAAAAUAUCUGUUUUCCAAAUUCUGUCUUUUUCCCCAAAUUCAGACUUCCGUAGUUAUUGUAUGUGCAAUCAUAUUUUGUGCUAACCAUCAAAAAAACUACGGGGGUUUAAAAUAAUUUCAAUUGAGAAAAAAAAAUAUAUGAAUUUAAAAUCCUUACAUAAUUUUGAGGCGAUGAAACUAGCAGCAGUUUUCAGACUAAAACAUCAGAUGUUAGCUUUUAAAAGGUAUUGUUAGAGGAGAUGAUGGUUAAUGAAGUCAUCCUGUUGGGAUAUGGUGUAUUAGAUAAUUGGUCUGUGAUAAUAGGAUUACUCUGUCAUCUUGAAUUAGUUUUGCUGUAUUGAAAAAAAUAAGUAUCAUGGCAGCCCCGAGCUUCCGUGCUUUAAAGAUGGAUUGAGAAAUAUUUCAGUUUCUUUUCACCUAGAAGAAGGAAACAGCAGGACAGAGCUGCCGGAUCCCGUUUGUCUCUACAGAAAGUCCACGUUUGUAGCCUGAUUGUUGGUCGGUUAUAUUUAUAGGAACAUUGCUAGUGAUGCCUUGUUUUUUGUACAGUUUUAUGUACAUGCAAGUGUAGGUUUUUAAAAAAUGAAGAUGAAAAAAGUAUAUAUAUUCAACAAUGUGAAGGAAAUCUGACCCUGUAGGACUAUAUCGUCUAAAGUACCGUAGGCUUUAUUAAAUGUAGGAGUGAAGACGUCUCUCCGCCAAUCAUUUACGCUUUCCUUUUCCCAUGUUCGUGCGGGCUGAAGACAAACUGUACAUUUUAGUUUCUUUGUUUUUCUUUUAAGGAAGUUGGGUGACGUAGUUGUUGGAGCCUCAUCUGUUCUCUCUUUUGAUCAGCAUCCGCAUGUUUGAGUAAAAAAAAAUAAAAAAAAUGUGGUCUUUUAUUUUUGCUGAGCAAAUCAAAGAAAUACUAUCUUGUAAUUACUCCUUCCUUAUAGCUUUACAAUAAAA